AUGACCAAGGCCUUGGCCCUUCCCGCCGCCUGCCACGUCUCCGCUCCUGCUGCUAGCAACUGCGCCGUGAGCACCGCCAUUGGUGCUGCCCCAGCUGAACCUCCGGUGGCGGCCGUGUCGCCAAGUGCUGUGGCCGGGGCCCCAACAGCUGGCAUAGGCGCUACCGAGGGCGGUGCACCAGCUAUAGCCCCAGCCUCGGGCAACUCUGCGUCGUCUGCUGCGACAGUUUCCAUCGAGAUGCUUGUUUUUGGCACGCUCGCUGCCCUGUUUUAUGGUAUAUUUUGA